UAUUUUUCAGGUUCAAGAUAUAAUCAGAAAAGGUUACUAUUGGAGAGUCGGGAAUGGGCUGGAUAUUAACAUAUGAACCGAGCCGUGGCUCCCGGAUAAGAGUCUUCCCAAAGUGGUGUCUAAUCCUGUGUUGGGGCUGGAACAAGCUCGGGUCGGAAAUCUUAUGUGUACUGGGGAGAAGAGGUGGGAUGUGGACCUUCUCAAGGAUCUUUUUGUGCAGCGGGAUGUUGACAUUAUUCAGGGAGUUCCACUAAGCUUCAGGGAUGUUUCGGACAGAGUGUGUUGGAGAUGGGAGAACUCAGGCCAGUUCUCUGUUCGUAGUUGUUAUAGAGCUAUAAUCGGAGAGAUUACAUCUAGUGAAUGGCUCGGGUGGACGGAGAUGUGGCGGUGGAAAUUGCCACCAAAGGUGAAGCAGUUCUUCUGGCAAGCCUGCCGCAGCCUCCUCCCGACGAAGGAUAAUCUUAUGAGUCGGAGAAUCAAUUGUUCUGAUGUCUGCGGUUUGUGCGGGAUGGAGGCAGAGUCUCAACUUCAUUUGUUCAUUUUUUGCCCACAAACGAAGGAAGCUUGGGAUUCGGUUGGGUGGAGCUGGGUGGAGCCUGGAGCGGGGUCAUUUCUGGAGCAGAUUCGUCGGGAAUUCCAAGUGAAGAAUAUUGAGAAUUUGUGUAAGUUGAUUUGGGGCUGCUGGGGUUUGUGGGGUGAGCGCAAUAAUAGAGUCUGGGGGGGAGCUUCAAAUGAUCUGAAGCAUGUUAUGAGAAAAGCUAGGGUGUAUGUGGAAGGUUGGCAUCUGGCUCAGAAGGGUGCAGGCGGGCAGACUAACAUUAGGGGAGGGGGCAUUUCGGGUUGGUGAAGUCCAACUCCUGGGAGGGUGAAACUGAAUGUGGAUGCGGCACUCAGAGGAGACAAGAGUGGGUUGGGAUGGAUUCUUAGAGAUGAUUCUUGUAAUUUUAUUGCAGGUGUGUCGAAGGUCCGAAUGGGAGUAUUGACUCCGUUGGAAGCUGAGUUGAUAGGGAUUCGGGAAGCUUUGAGCUGGGCUAAAGGAAGAGGAUGGGACCGGGUGGACGUGGAGUCAGAUUCAUCAGGAGCAAUUUCGGAGAUAUUAAAGGAAGCUAGCAUUUCUCUAGCAGGCGUCUUGGGUGGUGAUAUUAGAGAGAUAGCAUCUAGCUUUAUAGACAUCUCUUUUUUACAUGUUAAGCGAUCAGCGAACAAGACGGCUCACGAAUUAGCUAAAGCUGCUUGUUCUGUGUCUGAUUGUGUUUGUUGGAGCGAUUUUCUUCCUCACUUUAUUACUCAUGUACUAAACGCUGAUGCUUUGAAUGACAGUUAAUUCUUUACUGUUCAAAAAAAAAAAAUUGGGUGCG